UUGGAAAGAUAGCGAGGAGGAGGAGGAGGAGGAGAGGCAGCAGGAAACCCAGCCCACCCUUUGGUUUCCUCCUGCCUCCUUCUAAAACCUGCAGAUUCCUCCAGCCCGUCCAAGCGCCUGAAGUUUCCUCAGCCGUGCUGCCGGGACUGCGAGGGUCUGCUGAAAGAUGAGGGCCUGGAUUUUUUUCCUUCUCUGCCUGGCAGGCAAAGCCCUGGCAGCUCCGCAAGAGGCUCUGCCCGAUGAGACAGAGGUCAUCGAAGACCCCACCACAGAGGAGCCUGUGGGGGCCAACCCUGUCCAGGUGGAGGUGGGAGAGUUCGAGGAACCCACAGAAGAUGUAGAGGAGAUUGUUGCAGAGAACCCUUGCCAGAACCACCACUGCAAGCACGGCAAGGUGUGCGAGGUGGAUGACAACAACUCACCCAUGUGUGUGUGCCAGGACCCCUCCAGCUGCCCAGCCACCGCUGGCGUCUUCGAGAAGGUCUGUGGCACCGACAACAAGACCUAUGACUCCUCCUGCCAUUUCUUUGCCACCAAGUGCACCUUGGAGGGAACCAAGAAAGGACACAAGCUGCACCUGGACUACAUUGGGCCUUGCAAAUUCAUCCCUGCCUGCCUGGACACAGAGCUGACCGAGUUCCCCCUGCGCAUGCGGGACUGGCUCAAGAACGUGCUGAUCACCCUGUACGAGCGCGAUGAGGACAACAACCUCCUGACCGAGAAGCAGAAGCUCAAGGUGAAGAAGAUCCACGAGAAUGAGAAGCGCCUGGAGGCUGGUGACCACACCAUGGAGCUGCUGGCCCGUGACUUUGAGAAGAACUACAACAUGUACAUCUUCCCCGUGCACUGGCAGUUCGGGCAGCUGGACCAGCACCCCAUUGAUGGGUACCUGUCCCACACCGAGCUGGCCCCACUCCGUGCCCCCCUCAUCCCCAUGGAGCACUGCACCACCCGCUUCUUCGAGGCUUGUGACCUGGACAACGACAAGUACAUCGCCCUGGAGGAGUGGGCCAGCUGCUUCGGCAUUAAGGAGCAGGACAUAGACAAGGAUCUUGUGAUCUAAACCCCCAGCUUCCGUCUCUGCUGCCAACUUUGUCUUGUUUUAACCUUCCCACUUCCUUCGGUUUUUGAACCGCUUUUGUUUUGUUUUGUUGUUGUUUUUUUUUUUUUUCCCUGGGAACAAGGUGCUAAUAUAGAUCUAAACAUACGUAGUAACGGUGCUAAGAGAAGUAACAGCCCUCCCUUCAUAGCCUAAUCUAUUACCACUAGAUUACUCACUUGGCUAUUUCCACAAGCCUUUCCACCAGCCCUUUCUCUCUCCCACCUGUCUAUACCAUUGACCGACCCUGUUCCUGUCCUAAAUAUCCCCUCGGGCUCUCUAUCCUUGAUUGACUGCUCUUAACUUCUAACUAACAGCACGUUCUUGGACACGCCAACGUAGUGGCAAAGCCCUCUCAGCUGCUCCUCCACCCCCAGUCACAGACCCAGCGAAGGAAGGCAGAGCCAGAGGAUGUAGGAAGAUUGGGCUUUUCGAGCAGAGCAGCUCUGGGUGACAUUGUGGUCACCCGGCUUAUGGUAGGAGGAGGAUGGAAAGGAGUGAGAAAGACAUCGAGUGGCAGGAUUUCGUUUUUCCUUUUUUUUUUUCUUCCCUUUUUCCAUUCCCAGGGCUUGAAUUUAACAAUCAUUGGGCACAAAAGAAAGAAAAAAAAAAAAAAAAAAAAAAAAAAAAAAAAAGGGCUAGUCCAACAAACGAAUAGGAAAGCGCACAAAAUUUAAAACAAAUAAAAUGAAACGCUUCCCAUCCUGUAAAAUCCCCUCGAAAAAUAAAGGUUUGAAAGUGCUAUGUGCUUUACCAUGACUCACCCAUCGUACUGCUGUUGUGUUUUCUGUGCUGCAAAGGGAGAUGGGGUGCGGCCGCCUGUUCCCCCCCCGCAGGGUGCGUGGGGCUGACCUUGCUGCUGAGAUUCUGCUGUAACUGAGUCAAAGCUCCUGGCUGGCCCCAAAUCACGGUGCCCUUGAGCACUCACUGCCCACCGCUGCCUUGGUCCUGCUUAAAUUCCAGCCCUGCUCUCCCAGGGAAGCUGUGUCAGGCUUGGAAGGGACAUUUCUGCCCAGAAAGAGGUGUGCUUGCCACACGCUGGAGGGAAAGGAUGUGAUAUUGUUUUUCCUGUCGUGGAUUUUGGGAUUUAAGGGAUGGGUGGGAAAGAAGGGAGAAGGAAGGUAUUUGGAUUUUGCUUUAUAGAGAGGGUCCUGACAGGAGCGAAGGGAUGGUUAAGUCUCACAGGCUGAGAACUCUUUUUUUUAACUUCUGAAUGUUCUCUGUGCCUUAUAUUAUUAAAUUCCUGCCACAGUGUGAGCAACCUGAUGAGUCUGUAAUAAAAAAAUAAUGUUUUGAAACACUGACAAUAAAC